ACUGUUAUGUUUCCGGUUCGUACAAAAAUGAACAUUGAAGUUGUACGGCGUGCGUUUUUUGGAUGGGAGUUAGCCCUUAACAGUUUCACACAGAAGAUGCACAUGAUGCCGGUGUUUUAAUAAGGUACGUGUAAACCAUUAAUCAUUAUCUUUAUGGGUUUGCAGGCGUUUUUUAAGCUUGCUAGCUAAAUACAAACCAGGAGAUAUCACACGGUUUCCUGAAACAUGACGUUAACUGAUUGUCGUAGUAACAACACUUGUUCAGAAAGUGUAAAUGGAGCACAAAAUUGUACUGAAAUUGCGUUUUAUGUAAGUAGAAUUGAAGUAGUGAAAGUAUUGAGUACUUUUCGAAGUAUUUUGCACUCUGUAGAUAGUGCAAUACUGUAAUAAUAUAUAUUUUUAAUACAUGUUAUGCUACAAAAGCGUUUUAGUGAAGCGUUUUUAGCAUAUCUUUGUAUUCUUGUUAAAUUUUUAAAAUGUAUAAUUUCAUGUCAACCACAAACGGAUUUGGCUGUUGGUCAUCAGCUAACAAGGUCACAUUUUCAUUCAUAACACCGAUAAAUAAACUGCAUGAGUUUACACGAUGUUACAUUUAGAGUCGGAUUAGAGUGAGUAUAUAUUUUUAUUUUAAUCUCACUACAUAAAUUAAAACAGAUUAUUUUAUGUAAUCUAAUCCCCUCUUAUCUCAUAUAUGUUGCUGCCUAUUCAACUCAAUGUGCACCACUGCAUUAAUUUGCCAAAACUGUCUGUUACCAGUGUUAUUGUACAUUGCUGUAACUUUUUACAAUUUUUUUUUAAUCUAUUCAUCACUAAAAUGAAAUAAUUUAUUACCAACACUGUGGAAGUUUUUAAGUAUAUUAUUGUCAAAGCACCACAAAACCAUAUUUAUGAUUAUACUAACAAGAAACAUGACAUACUGGUGAAUUGCAUGUCACAUACAACAAGGAACAAAAUCUUUUUUAGUGAGGUCGUGACCUAAUUGGCCCCAAAUUAUCAUGGCAACCUAAACAGAUCUUAAAGAGUUAAUGCAGUUAGUGUGGAGACGCUCCUACUCUCCUGCACAUAAUGCCCUCAAUGCCUCACAGGACCUGUGUGUGGUUAAGGUCAUUCGGGUGUAAGGAGCUAUAAGUGUUCGUCACAACUGCCUGAGCUCAUGCAGAGGGGAUUAAAGCAUGUACUUGGAAGAAGACGUGGCAGAGGGUUUUGCUAUACUUAAUCUGCAUGGGUAGCACUGGUUUCUCCUGUGCAGGACCCUUUCAGAUUGGUAGCAGGUCUCCUUGCAAAUGUAUGCCAUCUAAGUCUUCUUAUUUUUUUCUCAUUUAACAAACGUUUUUAUACCUGCCAGCCGGGAUGGAUCUUGGUAAAGCAAAGCUGCUCAGGACAGGUCUCAACACUCUGCACCAAGCCAUCCACCCUGUGCACGGGAUAGCGUGGACGGACGGCAAGCAGGUCUGCCUCACAUCUCUCUACUUCCAGAACGGGGAGGUCAAGUUUGGGGACACUAAUGUUAUCGGGCAGUUUGAGCAUGUCUUUGGGCUCUUCUGGGGCCCACUCUGCUGCCCGGACUCUCCUGCAUUGCUGGCUGUUCAGCACAAGAAGCAUGUUACGGUGUGGCAGCUGCAGCUCAGUGCCCUGGAGCAGAACAAGCUGCUGUGCACGCAGACCUGCGAGAUGAGCGAGCCUUUCCCUUUGCUCUCUCAAGGCUGCGUUUGGCAUCCCAAACUGGACAUCCUGGCCGUGCUGACCAAGAAGGACACCUCUGUGCUGUUUUCUGUGCGGGUGGACAACAGGAGGACCAAAGCAGACAUCAAAGGUAGCGGGCUGAUCCACUGUGCUUGCUGGACUAAGGAUGGUACACGUCUGGUGGUGGCUAUAGGCAGUGCUCUCCACUCAUACAUCUGGAAUGACAUCCAGAAGAGUCUGGUGGCCUGCUCCUUCUGCCCCAUAUUUGAUGUUGGAGGCUACAUUUGUGCCAUCGAGGCCACAGGGGAAGCUCAGGUUGCUGUGGCGACAGAGCUGCCUCUGGAUAAACUCUGCGGGUUAAAUGCGGGCAUUGCUUUCGACAUGCCCUCAGAGACUGAUUCCCACGGCGUACAAAUUGCCACGUCAGAGGACGACAACGUCUUUUACUCAAGAAGAAGGGCCUCUGAAUCUGAAAGGUCCUUUAUACCAAACUCAGGCCCCCUGGAUCUCACCCACCUCUUGGCGAGGCACCGCCGCUCUGACCCCAGCCCUCUCAUUCACCUACGUCGCAGAGACACCGUCACAGGUUCAGGCCAGGACUCCUCGCACCUCACCCUGGUCACAUACGAGCGUAAAGUCACCACCACUCGCAAAGUCAGUAUCCCUGGGAUUUUGGUUCCAGACAUCGUUGCUUUUAACCCACGUGGCUCUACGGUUGCGGUGGCCUCUAACACGUGCAACAUGGUGCUUGUGUACUGCAUCACAGCCUCCACCAUGCCAAACAUUCAGCAGAUCUCGCUUCAGGCCAACGAGAGGCCCAAAGGGGUCUGCUUCCUCAAUGAUAAGACACUGCUGUUGAUGGUGGGCAGGCAGAAGUGCAACGACCCUGCUUUUCUACCCUCCUCCACCACGGAUAAAUACAUUCUCCAUCUCCUAGCCAAGGAGUUGAUGAAUGAUGGAGAGACUCCCACGCCAACAUCUCCCUCUCCUCACAAUUGUGAGUCUCCUACUAAUUUCAGUCCAAGGAUUAGAAGGUACUCAGAGAACCUGACAAAGGCUGACAGGGAGCGAACAGGGAUAAAGGAUUUGGUGCUACCUGGAGGGGGAGUCGUUCGUUCGCCAGCAAACAGGCGCAGGCUGGUGGAGGAGGUGAGAAGCGGUGAGCCCAGCCCUGUCAACAGCUCUGUGGACUUCUCUGACCGAGCGACAGACAGAGCCGCGUCCAGCGCCUCCUCCGUCACGGUCGAGAACUUUGACAUGGACCACGUCAACCGCAUGAGCACUUUGGCGCUCGCAGGCCAGGCCAGCAGGGAUUCCAGCCGGGCCGGAUCGCCUCGCCCAGAACCACCGGAGAAGUUUCACUGUGAGGCAACCUUACCCAUGCCGGAAAAGACACCGGGCCCACCUAGAGACCAGCGUCUGGAGCAGCUCGUCCUCAACAUGGAGAGGCUUUUUAAUCGCUUUGCAGACGUACAGCAGUGCCUGACAGACAUUAGGGAUUACACACAGAACGGGAAGAAGGCCCUGAGCGUCUACCCUAGUACCUCUGAAACUCCAUAUGUCAACGUGACAUGUCAGGUACAGUUUGACUCAUUCUUCUCUGUGUUCAUGAGAAAAACAUUUAAAAAGAAAUGCAUGAAAUUGCUGUAAAACUAAAUCUGCUGCAGAUUUACCCUGUUGGCUUUUUUGUCUUGUUGCAAAUGCAGAAGCAGUUAUCAGAAAAUGUGUUUAUCGAUGAGCGGAGACCAGUGCUGCUGUGUGAUGGGAAGCUGUGUCUGCGCGCCCUGCAAGAGCUCUUCAACCUGACGAUAGUAGAGAUGAUGCAUGGUAGGUCUUUUUAACUUUUACAAGAACUUCUCUUCUCCUCAUCUUUGACGUCACAAGCGCUUUAAAACCUUUGUUAAUGGUUUGUCUCUACUACGAAGCAUUACCUAAGCUUCUGUUAACCCUUCUGUGUCGCAUCAACUGUCAGAUUAACCGGGGCAUGCUUGAGUUAACAAAUCAAAAACACUUUCAGGAAACUCAGCUUAGGCCUCUUACAGUUGAACAGUCGUCUCCUGGAAUUAUCUUCAGCGAACUUGCGAGAAACUCUGAGAAGGAUGUCUGAAAGUCAUUCAGAGCUUUAGGUUGUCCAAGUUUAACUCUCUUACAGAGUUAGUUUACUCUUUACCAAGAGCCUCAUAUUUUGCUGAACAAUCUCUGACAAGACAUCACGUUUCCUCUGCUCACAUGCGUAACUAAAAUUAGACACGAUUAAAAGCCUAGAUUAGAUUACAGGGCUUUAAACAAAAGCAGCUUACUCCUAUUGACUGCACAGCGCUUUGUUGCUUUAGCAUAGACCAUCCGUCCUAUAGUGACACACAGAAGCAAACACCAGGUGACGUUGGAGAAUAAAAUAUAAAAUAAAAACAUACAAAUAUCAUUUUCUAGGUCCUCUGUGGAUUGUACUGGUGGCAGAUGCGGACGGAUUUGUGCCUCUGACGUUCAAACCCAAAGAGGAACUCACAGUGCGGAACGGGAAGAGGAAAACCAACAUACGAAGUCCGGAGAGUUCCUGCCCACCCAGUCCCGCACCCAACACGUCUGUGGAGGCCUCCACGUAGUGCUUCGUUUAAUGGACUCAUACAGGAGUAUCUGUGUUUCUUUUAGUGUGUUUGUCUGAAUCGGCAGAUGAAUGGGUUUAUUUUUGUAAUGAACAGCAGGGAUUUCAAAAGGGCUUCUCAUUUAGAUGUACUGUUUACAUGCUAUUUUGUAAUGAAAGUUUAAUAGAAAGAGGUCCACUUCUUCGUUAAGUCCUUGCAGUCCGAUCCUGAUCUAUUAUAGUGCCAUGUCCCGGGACAAUGACAGACGAUGUGAAUGUUUUGGAUGGUGUGAAGAGUGUAAUGAGUGGACGUGUAUGAAGUUAAGUAAUACCCAUAAAAUUUCUCAAAGAGCACUUUCAGUCUGAAUGUUGGGGAAAUGUAAGCAAACCUAACGCUGUUGAAAACACAUUUAAGGCACUUUUUCAUCUACAGGAAUAGAGAUUUAAUUAUUGCAACUGGCCACUAGAGGGAGCAACACUCAUUGCCAUACAGUGUUGUUCAGAGCUUCACUGAAGACACAAAAGGUACACGUUUUUUUGUGAUCAGAACAUCUCAUAGUAGCCUUUUUGAACAUUAAAUUUGCAUAAUUAAAGUGCA